AAGCUCGGAAUGGGAUUCGAACCUCUCCUUCGUUUCUAGGGUUCUGGGUUAACCCUCGCUGCCUUGGCGGUGAAGCAAGCGUGCCUGAGCGAGAACAACGCCAAAACAAUGGCGACGAGGGCGCAGUUUGAGAACAGCAGUGACAUUGGCGUCUUCUCCAAGCUCACUAAUGCCUACUGCCUGGUAGCGAUUGGAGGAUCAGAGAAUUUCUACAGCACCUUCGAGGCGGAGCUAGCCGACCACAUUCCCGUAGUAAAGGUGUCCAUCUCUGGGACAAGAGUGAUUGGAAGGAUGUGUGUCGGAAACAAAAACGGCUUGCUACUCCCAAACUCGACGACCGAUCAAGAGCUUCUUCACAUUCGGAACUCUCUUCCCGACCGUGUUGUGGUUCAAAGGGUGGAUGAAAGGUUGUCUGCUUUGGGAAACUGCAUUGCAACGAAUGACUACGUUUCUCUCGUUCACACGGACUUGGACAAGGAAACCGAAGAACUCGUGGCCGAUGUGCUUGGAGUUGAAGUUUUCAGGCAGACCAUCGCUGGGAACGUCUUGGUUGGAAGCUACGGCGUCUUCUCAAACAGAGGUGGACUGGUGCAUCCUCACACAUCGAUCGAAGAUCUGGACGAGCUAUCGUCGCUGUUGCAAGUCCCGCUGGUUGCAGGCACUGUCAACCGCGGGAGCGACGUGAUCGGCGCUGGGCUGAUCGUGAACGACUGGACAGCCUUUUGCGGCCUCGACACCACCACCACCGAGCUCUCGGUUGUGGAGAGCGUUUUCAAGCUCCGAGAGUCUCAACCCAGUGCCAUUGUCAACGAGAUGAGAGCUUCGCUCAUCGAUACGCUUGCCUGAGAACUGAAAAAAAAAAAAAGGAAACUAAGCUUUGCUUUCAUGGGUU